GCUAUGCUGAAUAAUUAAACAAAGCCCUCCUUCUUGAGUCUCGUCUGGUCUCGUCUUUCGACAUUCCCUCUAUUCGCUCGCUCGCUGUGUAGAAGACCGUGAGAUGUAGUGUAGAAGCAGCUGGUUGCUACGACAUCUUAGCGGUUGCCUUACUGUUUUCGUCGAGUUGGGCCGCGCCAUUGGUAAAUUUCUUCUCGCCGAUGUCGUCUUUCUGUGAUUUUCUCGACUCCCUUUCGUAAGCGCGUGUGACGGUUGGAUUUCCUAUUUAUACUUGCACCAGGGUUUUUGCUUCUCUGUGGGAGUGCGGGUUUUCGUUUCUCCUGAAAGGAAUCGGUGUUUAUGUUGGUUGAGAUGGGAGAAGGGAGCGUCGAAUUCGAAGACGAGUUGAUUGAUCUGAACAAAGAGCCCGUCGAGAAGAAGAGAAAAAGGGUUGAUCAGACAUCGAGCGACGGAAGGAAUGAGGGAACUAAUGGAUUACCUAAAGGUGGGCGAGUUUUGAGAUCGAGGACAUUGGCUAUGAGUGAUGGUGAAAAGCAAGUGAUAACUAUGGAGAUUGUGAAAAUGGAUGAUAAUAAGGUUAGCAGUGGGGCGUCCGUGUUGGAGAAUAAGGAUGAAAGUAAUGAGGCUGUUUUGCAUGAAAAGGAAACUACGAAACGUAAGCGGGGAAGGCCCCCCAGAACCGAAGGUAUAUGUAAGGUUUCCUCUUUGGGUGUUAGGAAGAGUGGUCGGCGGGGUAGGCCCCCAAAAGCAGAAAGUAAAUUUGAUGUUCCCAUCACGAGGAAAACAAAGAAGAAGGGGAGGCGUGGUAGACCGCCAAAAAUGGAAUGGAAUGGGAAUGGUGAGGUUUCGACGCUGAGUGGUAGGAAGGUUAGUGGGAUUUGUAAUGGUAAUGGUAAUGGUAAUGGGGCAAAGCGAAAGCCAGGAAGGCCACGGAAAAUAGAUCUUGAAGAUGUCGGCUUGUUGCCUGACAAGGAAGUUGCUAAAACAAGUAUGGAUGAUGAACAAGUAUCUGAAAAUGUUGUUUCUGUCAAGAAGUUCAAAGUUGGUGAGAGCAGUUUGGGGAGUGGUGGUGUAGUAAAACAGACCAGGAGGAUUGCUACUACCGGCGACAAGGAAUUGGGGCUUAGGGAACAGAAACAAUUGGUGAGGGAUCAGAUACUUGCAAUGCUUAUGAAGGCUGGGUGGACUGUUGAACACAGGCAGAGGCAAUCCAAGGAGUACAAGGAUGCUGUUUAUGUCGACCGAGCGGGUAAAACUCACUGGUCGAUAACCUUGGCUUACAAAAAAUUUAAGGACAGGAUUGAUAAGGGACAAGCAGACAGUGUGGAUAUUGCAGCAUUUAAUCUUAUUCCAGUGGAAACUCUAAGCAUGUUGUUCAGAAUUACUGAGAAAGGCAAGAAAGCAGGUAAGAAGAAUGGUGUGGGUGGAAAGACUAUUCACCGAAAGACGAAGAAUGAUGUACUUAAAAUAAAAUCAUUUGACGGUAAUAGUAAAUCAAAACUUAAUCAGGGCAAGCGGCGGACCCUAGUGGCUCGUGGACCUACCGGCUCCGACAGUGGUGGGGAUGAAUUAUACAAGGGAAGUCGCAGUUUGCUAUCAUGGAUGAUAGAUUUGGGAACUGUUUCUCUUGGGGAUAAGGUGAAUUAUAGGAGAGGGAAGGAUAAAAAGAUAUUGCUUGAGGGAAGGGUUUUGAGGGAAGGAAUCUGUUGUGACUGCUGUGAGGCAAUGCACACAGUUUGGGACUUUGAACUACAUGCUAGGAGUUCACUUGGUAAACCAUAUCAGAAUAUAUUUCUGGAGUCAGGGGAUUCUCUUUUCCGGUGCUUGUUAGGUUCCUGGCAAAAACAUGUCAAAGUGGAUAAUAUUGGAUUUGUUUCUGUGGAUUUGGAAGGUGAUGAUCCCAAUGACGACACAUGCAAUGUGUGUGGUGAUGGUGGGGACUUGAUCUGUUGUGAUAGUUGUCCCUCGACUUUCCAUCAUGGCUGUUUACAUGCUGAAGUUCCCCCUGGAGACUGGUACUGUGCUUUCUGUUCAUGCAAAGUCUGUGGAAUGGCCUGUAAAAUUUCGUCUGUUUGUGAUGAUGAGGAUGAGGAUGAUCUCAUGUUCUCUGAUUUUUUCACAUGCCGUUUGUGCGAGGAAAAAUUUCAUGUGAAUUGCAUAAAAGGAGCGAGUGUUGAAGGCCUUGAUGAAGAAAACCAGCCUUUCUGUGGGGAGGAGUGCUCGGAGAUUUUUGAGCAGAUACAGGUUAUUCUUGGGGUUAGACAUGAACUUGAAGAUGGAUAUUCUUAUACCAUUCUUCAGCAUUGUCCUGUUAGUGGAAAUGCAUCCUGUGAUGAUGAUUCCUCAAAGGUAGAAUGCAAUUCAAAGUUAGCCAUUGCCUUUAGAGUUAUGGAUGAAUGUUUUGAGCCAAUCAUCGAUGAACGAAGUGGAACCAAUAUGAUUCACAAUGUUAUCUACAGCUGUGGGUCAAAUGUUAGACGGUUGAACUUUGUUGGAUUUUAUACGAUUAUCCUGGAGAAGGGGGAAGAGCUUGUCUCAGUGGCUUCCAUAAGAAUCCAUGGAAGUCAGUUAGCUGAAAUGCCCUUUAUUGGAACUCGGUUUCUUUACCGGCGCCAAGGGAUGUGCAGUCGGCUUUUAGCAGCAAUUGAAACGGUGCUGCGAUCAGUUGGCGUUGAGAAACUUGUAAUCCCUGCAAUAUCGGAGCUUAAUGAAACAUGGACAAAAGUAUUUGGUUUUGAGGGCCUUGAAGAAUUGGAGAGGCAGAAAAUGAAGCACAUGAGCAUGAUUGUGUUCCCCGGGGUAGCCAUGUUGAAGAAACCCCUCGCCCUCGCCCUCGCCCUCCCCCACUCAGGAAAUGUCGAAAUGAAAUCUGCUGCAGAAUGUAGUGAAGAUGGAGGGCAGAUGCAUCAGCAGCAUAUGCAAGAAAGUCCUCCUCCUCCUCCUACUGGCCCCAUCACCACUCAAGUGAAAGCACAGAAUCAGGUGGUGGAUGAUGAUGAUGCUCAAGACGAAGACAAAAACAAAGACAGCAGCAAAUACAAUGCUGCUGCUGAGGCUUUAGAGAGAGGCUAGGCUAGGCUAGGCUAGCGGCCAAGGCCAAGACUAAAAAAGUCUGUCUUGAAAAUAUAUUUUCGAAUGAAUGGGGGUUGGGUGGGUGGAUAUAUUUGGACGGACAAGACAUCAAAUCUAUAAAUCUCAAGCGCUGUCCAGUCCAAUUUUUGUUAGAAAAUGGGGUGGGAGCAGCAGCAGCAGCAGCAGCAGUAGUAGUAAUAUGUUUUCGUCAGUCAGGAAAUGGGAACUGUGUAAUUUCUGAAAAGAGCCACUGCCCAACGCCCACGUAGAGAUACAUGAUAAAUGCACAUAUGUAUGCAUGUGUAUUUUGAUGAUAUGACAAAUCACAAUUCCCGACCCACUGCACUCAUCUUCUCAUUACUU